CAUCAAUGAGUGGUUAAAACUUCAAAAUCCAAACCGAUUGAAACAGUCAGUGAAAGAAAAUUGCCAGGCAAAAACAAACCAGAGCAACAUAAAGCUUUAGCAAUGGAGGCGAGACUCUCUGCAUCUCUGGGUCUCCCUUCUUCUGACUUAAACCAUCCGCCAGUCAACACCGACUUCGGUUCCCUUUACAGCCAUUUCAUCACUCUCACUUCAUCCCCGAAAAAUCCUCAAAAACCCCUCAAACCUCUCCUACAUCACCUCUCCUUUGCCUCUACCUCCAUUUCUGGAGAUCCUCAACCUGCAAAACCCACCAAGUUUCGUAUUCCUCUCCCUUUUUCCAAUUUAACUGAAUCCCAGCAACCCAAAUCGCCUAAAUUCCCCAAAUGGAUAGAACCCAGAUCGAGAAACAGCUCCAAAGCCCAAAUCCUUAUGAAAAACUUAUCUGUCUUGGAAAGAGCUCUAAUCGGUGCAGGUGGUGGUGGAAUUGCCGGUGCAUUUACUUACGUAUGCCUUCUCCCACUCGAUACCAUCAAAACCAAAAUGCAGACAAAGGGUGCUUCCGAGAUUUAUGCUAACACCUUUGAUGCAGUAGUAAAAACUUUCCAGACGAAUGGUAUUCUGGGAUUUUACAGAGGAGUUUCAGCUGUUAUUAUAGGUUCGACGGCUUCUUCAGCUGUUUAUUUUGGGACAUGUGAAUUUGGUAAGUCUUUUUUGUCGAAAUUGGAGUAUCCGGCUUUGCUUAUUCCUCCAACUGCUGGUGCUAUGGGAAAUAUUGUUUCGUCAGCUAUAAUGGUACCGAAAGAGUUGAUCACUCAAAGAAUGCAAGCUGGUGCUAAAGGAAGGUCAUGGGAAGUCUUGUUGAGAAUAUUAGAAAAAGAUGGGAUUUUGGGUCUUUAUGCUGGUUACUCAGCUACUUUGUUGAGGAAUUUGCCUGCUGGGGUGUUAAGUUAUUCCUCUUUUGAGUAUUUAAAAGCUGCGGUUUUGAGAAAGACAAAACAGACAAAUUUGGAGCCAAUUCAGAGUGUUUGUUGCGGUGCUUUGGCUGGUGCAAUUUCAGCUUCUUUGACUACUCCUCUGGAUGUGGUGAAAACAAGGUUGAUGACUCAGGUUCAUGGGAAUAAAGUUGCUGCUGCUAUGUAUGGUGGGGUUAAUGCGACGGUGAAGCAGAUUUUGAAGGAGGAAGGUUGGAUUGGUUUGACUAGUGGACUGGGGCCUAGAGUUGUUCAUAGUGCUUGUUUUUCAGCUUUGGGCUAUUUUGCAUUUGAGACUGCCAGGGUUGCAAUUUUGCAUCAGUAUUUGAAGCACAAGGAGAAGGAGUUGUCCAAAAUCAGUGUUGCACCGGCUUGAGUUACAAUUAGUUGGAUCCUUGGAAGGUCACAUCGUUAUAUCUAGAUACGCGUGGAACAUGAGUGCUGGAUACUGAUACUUGGAAGAAAAGAUGAAGACUGGGAGCAACAUCGGCUUUUGAAAUUUAGAUACAGUUACAGCUCCUUAAGCUUUUACACGAGAAGAGAUUCGGUAGGAAAUUGCCGCCUUGGAACUGUAGGUACUUUGAUAUAGAAAAGCAAAGCAACAAGGGGAUACUUUAUGACGUGCAUAGCUGGUCUGCUCUGCAUCUGCAUAAUUAUAUGGAAAGUAAGGGUGUGCAGAAAAUUCUAAUCCAAUAAAAUCGAAGUGAAUCGAAUCGAAAAAGUGAUUUUUUUCGGUUUAUUUGGUUUUCA